AUGAACGAAAACGACAAUUAUCAUCUUUUACAUGCAGAACGCGAAGAUGAAGAUCUUGAUGACUUGGAAAAUGUUAAUAAUAAUAAUAAUAAUAAUAAUAAUAAUGGAUAUUUCAAUAUUUAUGAGAAUGAUGAAGAUUGGCUCGUUACCAAGGAUAUUGGCGUAUUUUCACUUGAUCCAGCUGAUAGAAAAGUUUUAAAAGUAGCUGAUCAACGAGAUGCUGUGCAAAAGAAAACAUUUACAAAGUGGUUAAAUGGACAUUUAAGUAAAAUUGAUCCGCGAGAACGUGGUUCAUCAAAAUUUCAUGCUUUACGAAAUGUUGAAAUGUGUCUCUAUUGUCUAGAAAAACAACACAAUAUUCGGUUAGUCAAUAUUCGACCAGAAGAAAUUGUUGAUGGUAAUCCAAAAUUAACACUUGGUCUCAUUUGGAGAAUUAUUCUUCAUUUUCAAUUUUCCGAUAUACAAUUAAAUCCACCUGAUGUCAUUGAUAGUACUACGAUAAAAACGGACAUUUCAACAUCAGAAAGAGAAAAAUUAUUAAAAAUAAAUAAUUAUGAUUUAUCUUAUCGAAAUAUGUUGUUAACAUGGGCAAGAAGACAGUGUGAACAUUAUCCAGGAAUAAAAAUUGAUGAUUUUUCAAAAUCAUGGAGAGAUGGACGUGCAUUUUUAGCAAUAUUACAUCGGAAAAAUCCUCAAUUGGUAAAUAUGGAACAAGCAUAUCGUUCGUCUAAUAAUUUAAAUUUACAAGUAGCUUUCGAUAUAGCACAACAACAUUAUGGUAUUGCCAAGUUGAUUGAUCCCGAAGACGUUGAUAAUGAUAAUCCAGAUGAAAAAAGUAUUUUUUUGUACAUAUCCCAUUUGUAUAAAAUUUGUCCAUCCGUACCUGAACAUCCAUUCCAACAAAAACAUGAUCAAAUUCAUCUUGAAGGUCAACUAUCCUACGAAUAUACGUAUUUAGCGUCAGAUCUUCUAAAAUGGAUUAAACAAAAACUUGACAUAUUUAACAGUGAAUUAUUAAAUCAAAAAACGUUUUACGAAUUAAAAACAUUCCAAAAUACUCUUCAAUCAAUUCGACAAGAUGAAAUGGUCAAAUAUAAUCGUCUUUUACAGAGAAUGUAUGCAAUUGAUUUCGAACUUCAAAAAUCACAUCGAGAUGUUCUUCAACCCGAUAUUACGUCAAUUAAUUUUGCAUGGAAAAAACUAGAAGAUAGCAUGGAACAUACGGAGAAUGAAUUAACAAUAAUUUUAAAUAGAUACGAUCAAUUAAAACCCGAAAUUGAUCGUUUGCAUCUCGUAUUAAAUCAGGCAGAAAACGAUAUUUCCAAAAUUGAACAAACGUUUGAAACAAAUCCACAUAUAUACAAUACUGAUGAUUCAACGAGUCAUUUAACAACAAUCUUAACCGAUAUUCAAGGUCAAUUAGAUACUGCGUUAAAUAAUUGUCAAUCUUUAUCUAUAAAUACGCAACCAAAUCAUCCACAUCCUGAUGUUAUUAAAUUGAUCGAGAGAAUUGAAUUUCUCAAUCGACGUGUAAAUGAAUUGAAUAUUUAUCUAAGUCAUUUAACUUCUGAUAAUAUUCAACAUACUUCAAAACAUCAACGUCUUAGUGGUACUGGACAAACUCAUAAAUUAUCUUCUCCAACAACAACAACAAUAUUAGAUUCAUCUACUAUUAUUCAAAAUAAAAAUAAUGUUGAUCUUAUUGAAUAUUUGAAUAGUUGUCUAAAAUGGAUCAAGCAAAAACAGAAUACGAUUGAUCAAUUUGACUUGGGAGCUGAUUUAGCAAGCACAAUGACAGAUACGGAACAGUGUGAAAAACUGUCAAAUGCUAUUGAUGAUUUUGAAACAAAAAUUGAACAAUGCAAACAAAAUAGAAGUUCAAUAAAGCGUUUGAGUCAAACGUUAACCGAUUGGCAUCGUUUUAUGUCUUAUUCAAAUGAUUUAUUAAAAUGGAUAAGUAAUGCUGAAUCAAAUGAAAUUGAUCGUGAAUGGACAGAUAUAACGGAUCGAACAUUAAUUAAUCAAUAUACGCAACAAAAAAGAAAUCUUGAAAUAUCAUUAGAAGAUCGUUUUAAAGAUUGCGAAAGACUUGAACAUUUUACACAUAACAUUAAUCGAGAAAAGCAUGCCGAAAUUGAAUCCAUUGUACAGGAAUAUUUGACCAAAAUUCGUGUCGGCUUAGAUCGUCUUAAAUCACUUUUAUUUUGUUUUAAUAUUCAUUUAAAAAAUGCUGAAGAAUAUAACGAGUUUUUUGAACAAAUUGAUACAAUUCGAUAUGAAAUAAAUAAUGGCAAUGAAAUAUUGUGCACAUGUAUGAAUGAAAUGACUAGUGAUCAACAUCAUUCAUAUUCAAAUAAUCAAAUUCAACAAUAUAUUGAUGAUAUUAUUGUAAAGAAAGGAUCAAUUGAACAACAAUAUGAACAUUUACAUCAAUGGUGUCAACUUAUUAAACCAUUAGAUUUUCAUCAACGAAAAAAUAUUAAAAAUGCAAUGGUAUUAUGUUCUUAUAAUUCAGAUCAGACGACAAUAAUGAAGGGUGAAAUCGUCAAUGUUGAUGAUUGUUCAAAUGCAAAUUGGUGGCUAGUUCAUCGACGAAAUGGUAAAAACAAUCGUAUACCAAGUGUUAUACUCGAACUAGUACCACCAAGUCCAGAAGCCUAUUUGAAACUUGAUACUGUUCGAAAAGAAUUAGACGAAUUAAAUCAAUUUUUAUUUGAUAUUAAUGUUUGUUUGAUAAAAGAUGAUUUACAAUUGAAGAUAAAUCGAUUAUUAGAAUGGGAUGUUAAUAAAUAUCGUUCUGUGAGUGAACAAGAACGAAAUGCAUUAUUAAAUGAUAUUAACGAGCAGCUGGAUAAAAUUGUCACUAGCGAACCACGUUAUACAAAUUCAAACUAUAGAUUAUUAUUGAGUGAGCAAUAUCGUGUUCAACAACAUUUUCGUAAUUUAGACGAUCAACUUGACAUGUUAACCGAAUCAUCACAUCAUCUACCAUCAUCAUCUCAUCGUCCUAUAGUUGUUAUUGAUGAUUUAAAAUCAAUUGAAUCAAACUUAAAUCAAUUGAAAACAAUUUUAAAACAUCGUUUAACAACAACAAUACCAAAAACGUCAGAUGAUUUAAUUUUAUUAUUUAACGAACAUAAGACAUUUUAUUUUCAAUUUCAUAUUUUGUCAAAUUAUCCAAUUACAAAUUUACGUUCAUCAUCACUAAAACAAACUACUGGAUCACAACCAUCAAUAUCAAAUACAUCUCAUUAUCAUCAUUCUUAUCAAUCGUCAUAUUCUGAUCAAACAAGACAGCCACUACUAAAAGCAUCAACAAUUUAUUAUGAUUCUGAUUGUAAUUCUUCAAUUCCUCGUUAUCAACGUGCAUCAUCGACAACAAGUUUUUGUAGUAGUUCAACAUUUGAUUCAAGAUGUUCACAAGCAUAUCGAAUAUUACCCGUUCGUUAUUCAUCUGUUGAACGAUCAAGUUCAACAUCUAAAGUCCCAAUAAGAUAUUCUUCUGUUGAUCGUAUUCUACCUAAAUCAGCAUCCAAAUAUCGUUAUAGUUCUCGUCAUCAACCGAUUGUACGUGUUUUUCCAUAUAAUAAUAACUCGGCUGUAGCAGCUGCAGCUAAUGGUAUAAAUCUUCAUAUACGUUUUGAACCAAAAAAUUCUUCAAUGCAGUAUACCGAACAUCAUAAUUCUCAUCAUCAACAGUCUCAUCGACAUCAUAAUUCUCAUCAUCAACAGUCUCAUCGACAUCAUCAUUCUUCUCAUCAUAAACAUUCAUAUCCUGAACUACCAUCAUUAUCAUCUAAUGUUCGAUAUUUAAAUCGAGAUAUCGAGAGAGUAAAUGUUAACAACGUCCAACAACUUCAUCGUUAUGAAUCGUGUCCAGUUUUGAAUCAUUCAAAACCAUCAAAUAUAACAUAUAUUGAAACACGAUCGAUUGUACGUGGACAAUCAUCGGAAAAUAUUCAUAUUCCUUCGCAACAAAAUUAUACGAGUACAGUCGUUAUCAGAGACCGUUCAUUGCCAUCCUUUCCUUCCAGAACAGCUACUACUACUACAUCAACAAGACGUAUACCAUUUGACAGACGUUUAUAUCAACCAAUUACAAAAGUUAUAAGGGAAGAAGCAGAGGAUUUUGAAAAUGAUUUAAUUACACAAGAAAAUCGUAUUCAACAAAUUCGAAGCGUUGUACAUAAUUCAUCAUCGUCAACCGUUUCAAAUGAAGUAUAUUCACGUGUAAAUCAAGUGUCUGAACGUGUACAAGAUUUAGUUGCAACAUCAAAAGCCUAUGUUGACAAACUUGAAACAGCUGAAACGGCAUUCAGUUUAAUCGAUGAAGUUACAUCUCAUAUAACAGAAUUGGAAACACGUUUAGCUUCUCAUAUACCAAUAACAACCGAUAUAUUACAAAUGAAACGACAAUUAGAUGAGUUAAAGGACUUAGAAGCCAAUAUGAGUAAAACAGAAAAACUAUUGAAUGAUAUGAAAUAUCAAACAAAACGUAUGCCACAAACAGAUGAACGUUUAAAUCGAAUUAGUGAACAAUUAUUACAUCGAUGGAAACAAAUAUGUUCAGAAAUAAUCAAUCGACAACGUUCAAUAUGUCGUAGUAUUGAUUCAUAUCGUUCAUUUGAACCAUUAUUCGAUCAAGAAGAACAAAUUCUUAAUGAGACAUCAAAACGGAUACAAAAUCUUGAACCAAUACCAAAUGUAAAUGGAAUUGAAUCUUUGAGACGAUCAGCACAAUCAGUCAUAGAUCAAUUCAAAGAUAUUUUAGCUCGUUCACAACAAAUAGAACAUAUGAAUGAUGUUGCAGUUAAAUUUAUUGAAGAAGCGAAGAUACAUGACAAAAGUUUAAGACAUUUUCGAGAUUCAUUACGUGAUUUACAUCCUAGUCUUGAUGCAUCCAUCAUUAAAAGACCAUAUAUGCCACGUGCAACAUGGAUUGUUCAAAAUAAUGUUGAAAAAUUUGAUAGACGUUAUGCUGAUCUUCUAUCAAUGAUGUACGAUUAUUUAAGAAAUUUUAUACAUGCGUACAAUGCAACAAAAGAAAAAUUAAAUUAUCAUUUACCAGAAGAACAAGUUGAAUCGCUUAUUCAAUUGAAUCGUGGCACAUUAUCAUUUCGCUAUACUAUUUCACCUAUUCCAUCAUCGGAUGAAGAAAAUGAAUCUGACUAUCACAAAAAACAGCAGUCUCAUCGUCAUCAUCAUCAUCAUCAUCACCAUCAUCAUCGUCAUGUUGGCCGACAACAUGAAGAUAAUUCAUCGAUUUCUUCAUCUUACAAUAAUUAUUAUGAUACAACAAUUUCUGCUCAAUCAAAUAUAUUUAUUGGUGAUGCUAAAUUAAUUCAUCCACCAUCAUCAAAAUCAUCAAUUAGUUUAAAACAAGCAAUUGAAAAUGGAUUAUUUGAUGUUGAUAAAUGGUGUUUUAUUGAUAAAGAAAAACAAACUUAUUUAACAAUGGAUGAUGCUGAAAAAUAUGGUUGGAUAUCAAAACAAGUAAAAGAACAUUUUGAACAACCAUGUGGUUUACUAAAUGAAGAAGAUGGUGAAUUAAAAUUGAAGGAUGCUAUACGUUUAGGAUUAAUAGAUUUAAAAACAAAUUCAAUUAUGAAUUUAAAAACACAUCAUCCAAUUACUGAUAUAAAUAAUUCAAUGAAUAAUUAUUUAUUUACAUUAAAUAAUGGACGAGAACGUUAUUUAAAUUUAGUUUAUAUUCGUUUAGAAACACAUCCUAGACUAAAACGUUUUACAACAUUAAAUGGUUCAUUUGAAACACGUUUAACAUUAACUGAUUGUUUAGAAUUAAAUCUAAUUGAUUUACAAACGGGAUAUUUUAUUAAUCCUACAAAUGGUCUUACUAUGCCAUUAAGUGAAGCAAUCAAAAAAGGUUUUCUUCAUUCUAAUAUAAAUGAAAUUGUUUUAUCUCAUAAACAAGAUAAAAUAACAUUAGCUGAAGCAUUAGAAUCGGGUAUAAUAACAUCACCCAAUGGUUAUUAUUAUGAUGUAACAACAAAACAACAAUUAACAUUAGUCGAUGCAUUAAAACAUCGUCUCAUUGAAAAACCUUACACAUUAUCAAUGGCAUUUGUUAACGAUAUGAUUGAUCAUCAUAAUCAAAUAUUAUCAUUUCGUACUGGAAAACGUUUAACAUUAGCUGAUGCUAUUAAACGUAGUAUUUUAGAUGAUCAAACAAAACAUAUUAUACAUCCUGUGACAAAAAAAUUAUUAUCUCUAGCAGAAGCACAAAAAAUUAAUUUAAUAACAGUUGAUGGUCAUGUCAUUGAUCCAAAUACAAAACAAAAACAAACAUUAUAUGAUUGUGUAAGAACAAAUCAAAUACAAUUAGUUACAUUAAAACCAACAUGUAAAGGAGCAUUAAUUAAAGAUACAACAACAGCUAAUAAUGAACAACAACAACGUCUAAUUAGUCUAGGAGAAGCAAUACCAAAAGGUUUAAUUGAUUUAAAUAAAAAUUUAUAUAUUGAUAAACAACGAGAAAAUGGAAAUAUGACAAUUGAUCAAGCAAUUGAAAUGGGUUAUAUUGUUGAAACAUUUCAAACAGAUGUUAUGAAAGAUUCAGGAUUAAUUGAUCAAAAUAAUAAACCAUUAAGUGUUCUAGAAGGAAUUAGACAAGGGUAUAUUGAUUUACCCCAAGGGACAGUUAAAGAUCCAUUAACUGAUAGUUUAUAUACAUUUUCUGAAGGUGUUUUCAAAGAUAUAAUAACAUUAGAAGGUGCUCAAACGUUAAGCGAUUUACAAGGUUCAAUAACAUCAGAGACUUAUAUUACUUCUUACAUUAUAACUACUGGCAGUAGUGGAAAUACUGGCUCAACAACACUUAACAAUGGGCUCAAUAAUUCAAAAACAACUACAAAUCAAUCUUCGAAUGACGAACAACAAUUAGCAUCUCCUACAAGUGGUAAACGUGUUCGUUUUGUUUUGCAACCAGCUCCAGAUGUUGUCUACAUAGACGAUCGUGAAGAUAAAACAACAUCAAAACAUUCCUCAAUAAUUAUAACCGGUAGUGAAAACGUUUAUUCAAUACCAUCCAAAAUAAUGUCUUCCAGUACAACAACUAAAACAGCAACACAUCGUUCACCAUCACGUACAAGCAUACCACCUCUUUUGAAUAUGUCAUUUGUUGAUGCGGUCAAUAAAAAAUAUCUCGAUUUGUCAACUGGUCGUUUUUCUUUUCUUUCCUCUUCUUCUUCCUAUUCUCCAACAAUUGGCGAUGGUAGUAAUAGAGCAAAUAGCAGUGGCGGCGGCCUGAAACAAAAAAAUUAUCAAGAAAAUGAAUAUAAUUUUUCUUCUUCUUCUUCUCAUUCUCCCCAACAAAAAAGUAUUCAUUCGUUGAAUAAUAUCGAUAACGAUUCAUCAUCAUUCAGUAACACGACUAAUAGAGAACAACAACAAACAACAAUAACAUUGUCAUUAAAACAAGCUAUUGAUCAACAAAUAUUAAAUCCUCAUUCAGCUUAUAUCGUCGAUACCUUAGAAAAAAAAAAUUAUAAUUUAGAUGAUGCAUAUCAGCAAGGACUAAUAAUGGCUUCAACAACGGAUACAUCUCAUACGCAUGUUAUUGAUAGAAAAAAUCAAUCAAAACCAUAUGAAUUAGGUGAUGCAUUAAAAUUAGGAAUUUUAAAAUUAGGUGAUGCAUCAUUAUCUCAAUCAUAUAAUAUUAUCUCGAAAACAGAAUCAUUAAUUAUAUCAAGUGUCUAUGAUCAUAAGUUAGCAACAUACAUUGAACCAAAUCAAGCUAUAAAAACAAAAAUAUUGGAUCCAUAUCAUGGACUAUAUCAUAAUACGGCAACUAACGAAGCAAUAUCCAUUGAUGAUGCCAUGAAUAAAGGCUUUAUUCUUGUUCAACCGCAAGUAUCAUCACCAUCGUCAGCAUCGGCAUCAUCGAGACAUGGGAGUGAUAAAUAUGUUAUAUCGACUAGUCUCAUUAGAGAAACACGUUCUUAUCAUCUAUUAGGCGUUAUUGAUCAUGUUAAUAAUAAAGAAUUAACUGUACAAGAAGCAAUUCGAUCUGGUAUACUCGACAAACAAGGUGGACAGUAUAUAAAUAAAGUAACAGGUGAAAUAUUUUCAAUAAGCGAAGCUAUUUUACAUGGACACAUUCGUGCACAACCAUUACCUGUUGUUAAUAAUGAUAAUGUGUCAAUUGAUGGUGUGCACUCAUCAAGUGGUACACAGUCAACAUCGUCAUUACAUAAACGUGGAGCAGUUAAAGAAACAAAAACUUAUACAUUGAUAAGUGCCAUACAUCCAAGAACCAAACGAGAAAUACCCAUUCGACAAGCGAUUGACGAAGGAAUUAUUGAUCAUGCCAAAGGAUUUUAUGUUGAUACGAUUAAAAAUGAAACAUUACCAAUUAGUAUUGCUAUUGAAAAAGGACUUAUAUUUACAGAAUUAAUCGAUCAACAUGGAAGAAGAUUUAUUAAAUCAUUAAUUAUUGAAGAAGUGAUUGAUCCACUGACAAAGCGCCGUCUCGGUGUUAAUGAAGCAAUUCAAUCGGGUUUAUUGAAUCCCACUGUGACAACAUACUAUCAUCCAAUAACAAAAAAACAUUUAACAAUAUUAGAAGCAUAUGAACAAGAAUUAAUUAUCGGUAAAUUUCAUGAUAAUGUUCCAUCAUCAUUUACCACCGGAAAUGAACAUCGUGAACAAGUAUUUUAUUUAAUCACCGGUAUUACCGAUGUAAGAACACAUCGAACUUAUACACUACAAGAAGGUAUUCAACAUAAACUAUUUGAUCAUAAGAAAGGUGUUUAUAUUCAUCCGUUGACAAAUGAAGAAAUAAAUAUUGGUGAUGCUGUUAAAAAAGGUAUUAUUCAAGUAAAAGCGGUCUCUUCUGAAAUAGCAUUUAUGACCGAUGGUACGGAUAAAAAUCGUCGGGCUGCCUACAUAAGUCAGCUACCGUAUACCGAUUCGUCUACUCACGAUAGUCGUAGUAAAUUAUCGAUACGUAUUGAAUCGAAUGCUCGUCCUCGUACACCAUAUGAAAUAAACGAAUACGAAACAUUACAAGAGAGUGGUGGACGCAAAGAAAAUGAUGUUAUUGAAAUUGCUUCGAUUAAUCGUAUUCCACGUAAUCAUGCUCAACGUCGUACACAUCAUUCAACACAAGAAGAAAUUAUUGAACAAUAUACAACAAAUAUAACGGAUAGACAAGUAAUUAUCGAUCGUUCACAACGAUCAAAAUCUCGUGAAAGACCAAAACGUAUUGAAGAAGUUGUUAUCGAUGAUACAGGACGUCGUGGAAAAACCAUCGAUAUUAAAGAUGAUAAAUAUACGUUACAUCGUGAAAUUGUUAUUGAUGGUGAUAGAAGAGUACCAACAGUACCUAAACGUCCACCACCAAAAGAUUAUCUUGUUAUUAACGGUUCAACUAAACAUGAUGAGAGAGAAGUAAUAAAAUUGAUACCAACACCACAACGACCAAUACAGCCAACUCAAUCGGUACGUCCAUUGACAAUUGAUGAUCGAGAAGGAGAAUCAAAACGAAUUCAUCACGGUGAGAUUCAUAUUGAUGAACAUUAUCACAAUUAUCAGAAGAAACCAUCAACAAUAACAACAACAAAAGAAGUCAUUGAUAUUACUGAUCACGUUCCACAUAAACCCAUACGACCAGUAACAACAACUGGAAGAACAGAGACAACCACAAGAACAGAUGCAUGGUUGAAAUCAAUCGAAAAUCAGCAACCAUCGACAAUUGUCGAUUACGAUGAAAAUCAAUCGUGGUCCGAAGAAGAAUGGGAACAAUGGUAUUGUCUAAUGAUGGUUAAAGGUCAACCCUAUCGUGUUGUGUGGGUUAUGAAUACAUUAACGGGCGAUAGAUUACCAUUAUCAAAUGCUUUGCAACGUGGACUUGUCGAUACUAAACAACGUUUAUUUUUUGAUCAAAAAUUAGGAAAAUCUUAUACAUUUGAACAAGCAGUUGAAUUAGGUUAG